AUGUCAGUAGUGGGAUCUUUGAUAUUUUGCACAUAUUGUGGAGACUUGCUAGACUCACAUAGCUCAACGUCGGAUAUAAAAUGUACCAUAUGCCUGGCGACGUAUCCCAAAUCUAAAUUUGCCAAUUUAAAGGUGAUAACAAAAAGCUCAGAUGAUGCCUUCCCUUCGAAGCUAAAACUGGCCAGAUCGGUUGUGAAAACGAGUUUGAGCAAGGACGAACUUGAUGAAGGUGCAACCAUUAAAGAAAAAUGUCCCAAGUGUGGGAAUGAAGAAAUGCAGUACCAUACCUUACAACUUCGAUCAGCUGAUGAAGGUGCCACUGUGUUCUACACGUGCCCUAAUUGUGGCUAUAGGUUCAGGACAAAUAAUUAA